AUGCCGAAGAUGGUCUUUUCCGACUUGUAUAAGUCACCAAAGUCCCCGUUCGCCAAGUUUCGUCAACUCCACUCUAGUAGCCAGCAACAGAGCGCCCACCAGGCCGAAGGCCAGCAACCCAGUGAGCUUCUGGACUAUGGUGACCCGGACCUUUUGAGCCGCGAUAAGUCGAAGCAGAAGGAGGCCGUUCGCCGGUACCUCGCGGAGAAGAUUCUAAACGACUGGGACUUUGCAUGGCCAUCCGCGGACGUGAGCAGUGCCUACACAGGGGCGGCCAAGGCACGGGCCCGGGCCAUACAGAAGCGGCUGGUACGAUCUGAGCAGGUUGGGCUUCUUGACCCGUCCGAGACGUUCGCCAGCCCACUUUCGCCCGUGGAUGGCAACGCACCGUUGUCCCUGGCUGCUGUGUCGGCAGCUGUGGCUGCAGACGCUGCCGCUGAAGCUGGAGCCGGGGACGAACCAAAUUUUGACGAGUUCGACUCGGACGCCGAGUCUGUCUACAGUACAGUCUCUGAGGAUGCGAUCCACUUCCGGCCACGCGCGGAGUGGACGUCGGAUCUGUCCGAGGACGAGAAACCUGGUGCCUACUACCAGAGAAUGCCAACAUAUGUACAUUCGCCCUUCCGCUUCGACUCGCCCGACGCAGUGGGCACAGCGGUCAACAUACCGGCCGACGAACGGAAGGCAAAGGCCCGCCGCGACCUGCGAGCAGAGAUUGUGUGGAACGAGGGCCUCGCCUGUUUCACUGCCCGCCGUGAUGCAUGGACCGGUGCCCGCACCGUGCACCUGAAGCCCGCAAAGCCAAUCGCACCCACGUCGCCUGUGUCGCCUCGGCGCGGGCUCUUCCGCUUCCACAGCCAUACAAAAUCCGAGCCUGCACCGGUUGCAGCCGUCCACACCAAUGCUGUUGCCGUCGCUGCUGGUGGGAAGACCAACGGCCAGGAUUCGCAUUCUGCGUCUACAACGCCAACGGCACCGGCCCAGUCGAGCAGCCCUCCUGGAAGAGCGUCGAGCACCAUGCCAUUGUCCCCCGUCACAUCUAACUCGCGGCACUCCCAGCACUCCCAGCAUUCGCAUCAAUCUCAGCAAUCUGCUGGCCAGGAGACGGUCGCUACCACUCCGAUGACAUCAGACUGCGGUGGCGGCGGUGGCGUGGACGGUGCUAUGCUGCAGCAGUCGGCCUCGCGUACCAGCGUCGCCUCUGCGCAACUUGGGCUCACGCGUAGUCGUGCCUCACGUGCCAGCCGGGCUCACCCUGAUUAUUCUGUCGAAACUAUCAUUCCUGUGGCCCCCCCUUUGCUACCACCUGGCAAUCCUAUGCGUGCGUCAAUCACGCCCGCUAUCUACCUUAGCCUCUACGACAAGCUUGUCUCGAGCUCGUUGCAGCCAUCGUGCCCCAUCAACCUGAGCGACAUGAUCCGCUCAUGUGUCUCUGGAUGGAAACGCGACGACGAGUGGCCUCCUCGCCCCACCGAGAUGUCGGCACCGGCUGUUGCUGCCGUGUCUGUGGCACUGCGCAAGAAGCGCCGUGAUGAGCAGCGAGAAAUCCAGAAAGACAAGCGAGACACGGCGAACCACGUUGGUGAUGCUGGGAGCGGUGGCCUUCCGUCGCCCGGCCUCACUCGCCGCAUGUCCAACUUUUUAGGUGGCAAGCCGUCGCCCGGUAACAUUAUCCUACCGGCCACAACUGCAACACUUGCUGGUGCCGGGCCUGCCUCGCCUCCCAUUGACGAGAAAGACGACGCCGGCAUCAAUGGCCAGCGUGGCAUUCGCCGCAGCCUCCAGCGUGUGCUUGGCCUGGGCUAUGUGGCUCACGGCGGAGGUGGAAACACGAAUGCGAGCAUUGGCGGCCACGGCCACUCGCUGUCCGUCGGAUCCGUCGGACAGUCCACAAAGCAGAUCUAA